AUUUUUCCAUUUAAUGAUUUUGAGUGAUAAAUUUAUCGAUGAAGUAUAAAUAUUAGAUGCAGUGGAUUUGACUUAAUAUGAAAAAAUCAUAAAUUUUGCAAUAAGUUAUAUUGUUAAGCAUGAUACUUAAACAACAUUAGCAGGUUGAGAUUAAUAUUAAUUAUAUUUACAGAGGUACUUGAAAUUGAUGAGAAUGAAGCAGAUAGAUUAUUUAAAUUAGCAUUGAAACUUGUGUCUUAUUUUGGGAAGUUUAAAUUUGGAGAUAGAUAAUUUAGAUAGAAUGUAGAAUUUCUGAAAUUUAAGGAAGAUAGGAAGGCAUUAUUUUUAUAAGUAAUGAAAAUAUUUAAUGUAUGUAGAAAUUAGAGGCAAAUUCAACAUAGUUGCAUAAACGAUUAAGUUUCAUUGAGUCAGAUGGAAUGCCUUAUUAUAAGAAUUUAGAAUGGAGAUAUGAUAUUUAAGUGAUAUUUUAUUAAUAUAAAUAUAGAUUGCAUCUAGAGGAUAUGAAGAAGAGUUUAAGCCUAGAAUAUUUAUGAAAUUUGAUUUGGAGUAUGAUAAUUCAAGUGAAUGUGGAAAAAUUGAAUAAGUAUUAUUAGAGACUGAUUAUGCAAAUUUAAAAAACCUUCAAUAAGAAAUAAGUUAUUUGGUAUCAUAAUUAGAAUCAGCAAGAUAAUAAAAAAUAAAGAAGUUAGGAUAGAUGUUAUGA